AUGUCACAUUCGAUCCACUCAUCAAUCAAGGAGAUUCAAAAAGACAUGUAUUUCGGGACAGAAGUGCUCAACCGAGUCUCCUUCUUGCGCGAGGAUAACGAGUUCAUCACGCGCUCGUUAUUCCACCCCAGCACCAGGUUCAUCUUUUUCAACAGACAGCAGCCGUUGGUGUACAAGAACUAUGGCACAAAGUUGGCGAUUUUGACCAACGGCAACAACCAGGUCAACAUUGACGAGUUGACACCAGGAGUGCAUGACAAGUUGGGGGUCACGGGCACAAAGUUCCUCGCGAAUGGGUUAUACGAGGGUAUCCCCGGUUGGAAACUGGUGUUGAACACGUGGAAUGAGGAUAAUAGGAACCACGAUAAGGAAUUGAGAGCUGGCGGGAAGCCGAUUUUCUUGUUUAUGGGGCUAUUGGACGAGUCAAUUGGGUUAGAUGUCAAUUCCUUGAAAGGUGAGUCUGAGCCUGCUGUAAGCGAGGACGACGAUGGUGAAAAGUAUUUGGACCACCAGGGCCGGUACCAAGGUAUCGCGUACUAUGCAGUUGACGUGACGAGAAAUCAAGAAUUGAGCCAGCAAUUGAUUGAAUUUGUCAACAGGUGCGUGAAUGAACAACAGGGAACCGCCACAAGUAAGCCGAAACUGGCAGAGGAAAAUGGAGUUUACUAUACCCACUCGAGAAAACACUUUCUCCUGUUUGAACAUAAAGAGGCAAGCUUGUACAGCUACGGCGCCAUGUUCUUCAACUGGCUCAAGACCAACAAGUUCUGCCCCGGGUGCGGCCACCCCACCAUCCCCAUCCACGCUGGCGGCAAACUAGCAUGCACCAACGACGCUAAAACCGAACCCACCGCGGAGAAACCCGAGCCCAGAUUCAUCUGCCCCGUGCGCAGCGCCACCGUGUCCAACGUCUCCUUCCCGCGCACCGACAUGGCCAUCAUCUCCAUCAUCACCAACCGCGACAGAUCCAAGAUCUUGCUUUCGUUGGGCAAGCGCCACGCCAUCACCAAGAUGUACUCGUGCACGGCGGGGUUCAUGGAGCCGAGCGAGACGGUGGAGAUCGCCACUAAGCGCGAGAUCUGGGAGGAGACGGGCGUCAACUGCGCUGAGGUUUCUAUCGUUAUGACUCAGCCUUGGCCGUUCCCGCUGAAUUUGAUGAUUGGAUGCAUGGGUGUGGUUGAUUUCAACGGCACCGAUGAGGUUAUCCAUUUGGGCCACGAUAACGAGUUGUUGGACGCAAGGUGGUUCGAUACUUCCUUUGUGCGGAAGUUGGUUUAUCCCGACGAAGUUGCUGCUGGCGAGGACGAGCUGUUCAACCCUGAGGGGAUCUUGAUUCCCAUGUCGGAGAGUAUUGCGUUUUCUUUGAUUAAGCUUUGUGUGGAUGAGGCGAGGAACGCGCACAAGUUGUGA